AUGCUGGGGAGUCAUUCCAUUUUGAUUUUAUUCCUGGCACUGGCUUCUGCUCUUCAGCCGCAGGAGCUUAGCAUAGAGGACAUCGUAAAAGGUAGGUUAUAAAGAUAUAUACAACAACUUUCAAGCGAAAAAGCUAUAACCACUGCACUGAGGUUCGUGAAUCACACAGUAUUUUCUGUAUCACCAGUCCGCUGAAAAUUUCGUGGAUUAUUUUACGUCUGUUAGCUGACGCGUAGGCCCGCAGCCUGCCAAAUUGGAAUGUGUUUGUCGUGGCCCUAGCUUUGUAUAAUAAUAUUACCAGUUAAGGUUACGUGCGAGCGACCUUGCAAAUUCUCCUACAACAUUUAAAGUUUGUUAGGAACCAACAGAAAUUUCGCAUUGUUAGAUAACUAGUAUGUCUGCUCUUUAGGGCUCAACACCAUGCAAAACCGGGCGCAUUGAUGAUGAGUUAACUGUAGGUCCUACGCUACUGGUCUUUUUUUCCCAAAGCUCGCCAAAUAAUGACGUAAGAUGCAUUGUGUUUUCUUUUCGUAACAAUAAUCAGACUCUCUGUGCCGACCGCCGAACGGAGCUCGCCAACUUCCUAAAGUUCACGCUUUCCGAAAUGUGAUCUUGAUGGUUGUUGAAAAAUCCGCCAAAUUGACAACGGGUCAUUGAAAGUCUCUCCCGUAGGCUGGGUUGAAUGACAUGUGGUGCGUCACGCCGAUCAUUGCUCGCGUCAGGAGCCGAUUACUGCUCGCGUAAAUUGGACGUUGUUGUCACGAGAGAAAAGUGUCUAUCAAUAUUUAUACCGCGUCACAGAGACCUAGUUUUGAAGCCGUUUCUAGGGAAAAAUUUUGGUCGUGUAGCUUGGACUCCUUUUGUCAUGCAUUGGUCAUAUUAUGGCACUGUAUUUCCUGGUGAUAUGCAAAUGUCAAUAUGACGUCAUUGAACGACGCCUAUGACCACGUGACCAGAAACGAAAAUGUCUGAAAUCUUGGAAGUUUAUCAUUUCAAUCAUGUUUUUUCGUGGAAAUUUACUUUUGAUUAAUCUCACAUUAAAUUAUGCAUAGUUUUUGUAAUAUUUUCUUUGAGCAAGACUUCUAACCCAGAUUUGAGGUACAGAAAUACCGUAUUUAUUCGAAUAAGCGUCCAACCUCGAAUUAGCGCCCACCUCGAAUAAGCGCCCAUCUUAAAGGCAGAAAAAGUUAAUAAGCGCCCAGCCUCGAAUAAGCGCCCACCCCACCCCACUCCCUCCCACAAAAACUCCAAUAAGAUAUAAUAACCCUCCCGAAGACGGAGUUUUUCUUCAGGGUAGUAUUGUACAGAAACCUUGCUUUGUUACAUCUUCGCUUUUUGUUAUUAGAAUCUACUGUUUUGUUGCAAAAUAUACUACUACACUUGCCGAGAAUGGUGAAAAUUUAAUAAGCGCCCAGCCUCGAAUAAGCGCCCACUCUCAAGGUCCAAAAAUUUAAUAAGCGCCCAGGGUGGUUAAUCGAAUAAAUACGGUAGUCCUAAUUCGUGUCAAAGAGAAAAAUUCCUAAAAAUGAAUGCAUCUUUUUUUUAGGCAGAAUUUCAGUCUAAAUAGUCCGGUACGUUUAAAAUGCAUUUUGAGCCAAACCUCGCGAUUAUUUUAGAGUUUUGUAAACCGGAAGUGGCUUCUUUAACGCAUGCGUAUGAUACUUACCCAAUAUGCUAUGCGAGGGAACCGAAUUGAUCGAGGCCCUGCUUUGUUGUGGGUGCCCCUGAAUAAAGGCCUGGAAAACCAACGAGAAUAUAGUUCAAAACCACUUAAACAUAGCAUUGUUAAACGUAUUUUAGUAGUUAAACGGUAGAUAUAGGCAUAUUUUUAUCCCCUAAAAAUUUUUCGUCUGUUCGGAUUUCCUAGCGGAUGUAGAAAGUCCCUAAGUUUUUUCAAGGCCGAGAAAAAAUUUUCACGACAAAUAUAGUACACUCAAGCAAAUCAAAGCAUCGUUCAAGAGGACCACAAAAACUGAUAUAAACUCAAUACAUAAGAAUUAACGCUUCUCAAUGCCCUCUUUGUCGUUGCGUUACUAACUGGCAGGUAACGCGCCUCUCAUUAAAAGUUUAAUAAAAGUUGACAACCGCCAUGUUGUUAAACGCCGGCCACGCAGGCGAUUAGGGAGCUUAAGCAAACCACGACGGCAACGGCAACGUAAACGUAACCAAACAAAAAGUUUAAUGAGCUGAGCAAUGGCUGUGCACGUGCGUCAUAAAUCUUUGUACAUUUCGUAGCCGUCCUCUGCAAAACAACGUGAAAUGUCAAAGUUCUGCGUAUUUUGGAGAACGUGAGCCACGACGACUAUUUUUUCGUAUUUCUUUUCCGAAAUUAUAUUUAGUUUGACCGAUCGGCGUACUAAGCAGAUCUAGAUAUUGUGCUAAAUUGCUACUUUCAAACAAUAAAGCAUGUCUUCCCCCGGGUUUGAAAAUAUGGAGAAGUAAACAAAAGGAAAAGAAAAACUAAAAAAACAAGCCAAAAAAGAACAAAACAAAACAAAAACAACAUGAAAACAUGACAAGCAGAAAGGUACUAAAGAAGAAAAGACAUUGCUUGGAAUUUUCUAAGGAGCGUUGGUCCAUUCCGUCGAAAAAGGAUUUUGCUUGCCAAGUUGAAAAUAAUUUCAAGCAACCCGUUCAUGUCCAAACUACUGCCACGCAGACUGACUUAGUUUUACCUACUCCGUCAUCCGAAGUAAGUGGUAUAAAUCAAGACGGCGGAUUCGCUCUCCAUACGGACAAAUUACAUGACUUCUGUGUCAAUUUAACCAGCGCUGAAGAGCAAGAUGCUAGAAAAUGUGGCAGCCUUACCGAAAAGUUUAUUGAAAACAGAGCAAUUCAUAAAGUAGUUAGUGUGUUUGAAAGCAAAAAUCACAAACUUGAUAAGUUAACGAGUAAGAAUCUCUCCCUAUCAAGCCAUCGUCGUUUUGGAUUUCGACUUCUGAAGUUAUGCGAGAUGCUGUUUCAGAAAGCAAAUGCAGUGGAUGUGGAAAGUCGGGACAGUUCUCUUUUAAGAAAGAAACGGAGCCACAGACAGGAAUACUUAAGUUGGAAUUUAUUUGCUUUGAAUGCGAGAAACUGUUUAGUAAUUAUCUAGCAACAGCGAGACUAUUCUUGCCCGUAAGAAACCAAAGCGCUCAUCUGACCAAUUAUGUCCUGCUGGCGUUCACUUGUUGAUUAUACUUUAAAGUUUAUGACCCCUUCAUGGGAACCCUAGGGAUAAGCCACUUUAGCAAAAAGCAGUAAAAAGUUUUUUUUCUUAUUCCAAAAGCGUACUUGUUAGAGAAAAAAAAAAGAUAAAUAAAAUUUGCUUUUUCGACGCUGUAUAAAUUUAUUUCAUUUAUUCGGACCGCAGAGGAAACAAAAGUGUUAAACUCGCGCCUCGUCUAAUGUCAAGAAAAAAUUCAAGCGGAAACCUCUGGAACCAGGUUAUAAAAUAACUAAGAUAGUACGCGCGCUCUGAUUGGCUGAGAGGCGUGUUUGCAUGAGAGUAUGAAAACAUGGUUGUGACAUCAAGAUGGUUUGCUUUUCGGGCGCUAAUCACACAAGCACGAACUUGAAAAUUUUGAGUUGAAAACCUCGACAAGUUUACUUUAUUCACCCAUUUACUCGUCGGCUGAAACUUGGAAAAUCUUUAGAAACAUGCUGUGUCAAUUUUUUUUCGCUUGAGCUGACAUUUUAAGCAAGAAAAAACCCGUAUUUUGGAAAGCAUCUGUUUUGCAAAACAAGGACUGAUUACGCGUACAAGCUUCGUGUACAAGACUUCGCGACUGAUAAGAAUUUGUCUUUUAAUCAGUGCUCUAAACAAGAGAGUUUUGCUUUUUUCUCGGGAAAGUUAUUUUAUAAAAGAAAAAGAAAACUUUUUCCUGUGUUUGCAUAUCCUGAUCUCGACAGUUACGCAAACCCUCGACUUCGUCUCGUGUUGGCAUAACUGUCUCGAAUUCUCCCAACCCCUCUCGUGUUGAUAUCAGGCUAUGCAAACACGGAAAACGUUUUCUAUUGGUUAAAUGUAAUAUAUGUCAGUUUCAUUAUACUGAAUGCACUGGUACAAAACGAAGCAAGACAUGUUUGUAAAUAAUAAAGAAUGAACUGUUUAAAACAUAUAAAACAAAGGGGUCAAGCAACUUCCGAACACCAAGCCACCUUAAAAAAAUACUAAUCAACUGCUCCAGUGAUCCCCCAGUGAUGAAGUAAGUAGUGUGUUUACAGUUAUAACUAUAUCCAAAGGUCACCUACAAGCAAAAUUACAUGUAUUAUCCUCAUCUUGCUUACAUUGACAAUCCCGGGACUCUCACCGUCGUACGAUCCGCCGGGGACCUGAAACAGUUCCCUCUGUCAUUUUAUCUUCUUUCAGCACAUAAAAGAAUCCAAAGACAAUCUUUUCCUUUUCACGAAUACUUUUCGUCCAUGGCGUAGUAAUUUUAUUAAUAUAUAAACAGGGGCACCCAACGUCAAUUUUCGGAAAAUAUCUGUUAGGAAGACGAUUUGAGAUCUAGAAUUUUCGGAACAUUUGUUGUAAAAUUUCUUGCUUGCCUGCCUCUCCUAGGAUUUUCGAACAUCUAAAAAAUGGUAUAAUUGCCCAUUUUUAACGGAUUUUUACCCCAAAAAGGUCACCUAGAAUUUUCGGGAGCCUUUUUUCUGGCUGAAAUUUUUGAAAAGGUUGGUUUGGAUCCCGAGAUAAUUUUCGGAUCACUGGUUAACACUUUUCUACCGGCAUAAUUUCGAGAAUAAUAGUAUCUGUGGAGCAUCAAGUCAAAUCAAGCAUAAAUGCCAGCAUAAUACUACACUUUUGCCAGAAUAACAAUGCCUUUUUUCGAAGAAAAGAACUAUUUUUUUUUAAAAAAUUAUAGCUUUUUUUAGCUACCAGGGCCCAUUUAUUUAAAGAGAAUUGUUAAAUUGCCGAGCCAAUUUAACGUUCUACGCAGUUUUUUGCCAUUACAAGUACCAACUUUCCAACUUUACCUUACUUUUUAUCCUUUGGGUUAUGUGUGUGUCAGUGUGUUACUGAUUUAUUUAUGAAUAUCGCAUUCUUUUCUGGGAGUGCAGCGUUGGUUUCAGUUUUAUUAUUUCAUUAGUUAUUUCAGUACUUUUGUGUUGCUAACAUGUUAUGAAAAUUACGUUUGUUUCGUGGGAGAGAGGGGGAGGAAAGAGUAUGAGAAAACUCUUUUGUGGCAUAAUAACGAGAAUAACAGGGACAGUCAAGCAUAAUUAUGAUUACGAGCAUAGUAGUCUACUUUUUAGUGAGAAGUGGGGGGCGGUGGGGCGGGCUGAUGCUUAAAAGCAUAACGCACGAUUUUAGGGGACCCUGGUACAAUCAUUCGAGUUACUUUGUGCGAAAAUCAGAGCGGUGGGCCACUUUUUGGUGGACAGAGUGGUGUUACGCGCGCGUUGACACCGAGUAUGAUGUUCGUAACCAGACGAAGCAAACGAUGGCCUACGAUGUCCAUUCCGAAAGAACUCGGAAGUUUGUCCAGCAGGCAAAUGGCAUCGGAUUAAUGUGGCGGGCGCCGUAAGAAAUGCCGCUAAAGAAUACUCUGCCUUGGAAAAAUCAUACAUCGACAGCAUCUAGGUCUCAAAGUCGAUGACUCAAAGUCCUUCCAUUCUCUCAGAUUCGAUUCUUUAAAGCUAUAAAAACUAAGGUAAGACAGGGACAUGGCUAUGAUGCAGCUUCGAAAAUUAAGACAAAAAACGUCUGCUGGACUUCAAAAGGAAUUUUCUGGAUUUGCCAGAUGCUACCUACAUGCAACCUGGUAAAUGUUUAGUUUAUAAAAAUAUUAUUGUUUUUUAAAACAAUAAUAUUUUAUCUUAAAAGAUCACUUGAACUGAAUUCAAUAUAUUCAAUAUCUUGGCCCUGCUCUCAGCCAAUCAUAAUGAAGAGUUUUCUCUUUGAAAUACGACCCUGAGAAACACUGUUGCUUCCCUCCUACCCUUCGUCCAUCAGAACCCUCCAGUCUCUCAUUUACUAAAAUAAUUCUUUUUUCAGAACUGAGGGACUUAAAUACAAAGGUCAGCAAUGUUCAUUCACCAGGUAUUAGCAGCUUAUAAUAUGACUGAAUAUCACUGUGGGAAAAGCUAUUACAAUUAAAACCAACACGAACGAAAAGAACACCAAGGUUACAUAGAAAUAGAAUAGAAAGUAACAAUAAGAAAAAUAAAAAAAAUAAAAAACGAUACGAUUCAUAAAGUCCAGAGGCAAAAAGAGUGGAACACAAAAUGCUACGAUAAUCCAAAUAUACAAGAUAGUAAGACAGUCAUGCAUAAAAGAUGACUUGUAAAACAGUCAUAGGUGUACCAGCCAGGGCAGGUCAGGGGGGCAAUAAUGCCCAGGGCUGUUUUGAGGGAAUCGUACAAUUUUUUGGGCAAAAUAUGAGGUUGUAUACCUCUCUGGCAAGGCCAUUAUAGCUAGGUUUGCACUAAUGUAUAUGGCCCUCAUGAGAAGUUUUUGUGAAGGCUCACUUCAAAAAAAAAUGAAAGCUCAGGGUCACAGCAGGAGCACAUGCAUCUAUGGGAUCAUUUGGGCUGCAAAAAUGUAAACAAGAAUGUCUGCCAAAUCCCAUCGAAGCACAUGCGCCACUCUCACCUCAGGUUAUCACUCUUUCCUGGAGUGUGCUAUUAAGUUUUGGCUUGGAGCAUGCGGGACCACAUAGCUCACAUAAUAAGGUAACUUAUCUAUAGUAGUUUUAGCCUUAACCUCUUUAUAUCUGGGCUGGUAGUAAUUGGCUACCUUUUUGCAAUAAAAUUGUUGUGUCCCUGCUGUUUGUAGUUAGUUAUUUUAUUUUAUUUUAUCUGGCAUUGUUCAAUUGAUAAAUAAAUAUUAUUUGAUUUUCUUCUCCUUAGACUUACCCAGAGAGGAUUUUGAGAAUUCAAGGGAAUUUCCUGGAUUGAAAUUCCAUACUCUUGCUGAAAGUACCGGUAAGUAGAGUAUUUAGCAAAAUAUAGGCAAGUAGUCUCUCAUCUUUUUCAGGGAGACAAAAGAGUGUGGUACUCCAGCUGGUUACAGUUAGUAACAGGGAAAAUAAAAGAUGAUUUGUGAAUAGACGUAGGCAUAUAAGCCAGGGGGUCUGGGGGUGAAAACUGCUCUCUCCUUCUUUGUUUCAGGGGAAUGGUACUAUUUUUUGAUAACACUCAUAAUUCAGACAAAAACUCUUGGGAGGAAUUUAAAAAUAAUUGUUCUUCAAAAGAGGCCAACGUUCAAACUGAAGGCAAAACUACUUAAUAAGGAAAUAAUAAAUAAAAAUUAGAUGCUAGUAAAUAGAAAUUAUUUAUUCUAACCUCCGUGGUGCAGAAAUUAAUCUUGAAAGAUUCCGUAGCAACUAAUUUUGGCCUCAUAACAUUCUGUCUUUCUUAGAAACUAAAAAUGACCAAUAUGUAUGUUGUUUUUCAUGCAAUUUGAGUAUGUUUGUACUACACGUUCAAAAUUUACGCAUAAUUUCAGGCAUGCAUAAUUUUUUUCGCGUAAGAAGUAAACUAGCUGCUCCAUAUCAUCAUUAAUCUAAACGCAUUCGAAGCGCGUUCUAUGCAGCUUGACCCAGAGCCAAAUAUUUCCUGUCUGGUCCAAUCUACCUCAGUCAAAUAAGCAUUUUUAUCAUGUCAACAAAUUUUAAAUUGGUCAUGAUUGAUUAUAAGAUGGUAUAUGACUACAACAACUAGCUGUGGAUUUUGAUAGGAAAACUGACUGACACUUAAUUACCUAUCAUCAUUAAGUUGGAAUUUAGUUUUGUACCUCUUAAUAUUUAAUUCAAGUCUUUAAAUCACAUUUUCUUUUCUGGUGAUCUUCUCCCCUUAGACGUACCCAAAGAGGUUUUCGAGAAUUCAAGGGAAUUUCCCGAAAGCAAUUUCCGGUCUCCUGAAAAAGGUGAGGAGAUUAUUAAGAAAUAUAUUUUAAUCAGUAUUUAUGUACAGUAUAUAUUAAGUACAUUUAGUGAGUACAACAAGUAGUCUCCCAUAUUUUUUAGGGAUACUACGCCUCCAGUGAGUUGUACUUAUAAUUAGUUACAGCCAUAGUGCCAGGGGGUCUGGGGAUGCCAGCAAAACUAAACUCCACUCUCCCCAAUUUUUGGAGAAUUGUACAACUUUGCAGGCAAAACACUCAUGAGGAAAUUAAAAAAAAGAAUUGGUCCUUAAAAGUGGUAAGUUUUGUUGCAUUUACUUUGUCCCACCCCAACUACAGUAACUCAGCUCCUGGGUCUAGGAGAAAGGAAGAUGCUUGGUCCAGGGCAUGGUACAGUGUAAGUGGUGUCUGAACAAUGAACAACAUCAGGCAGCAGCCAUUGGGAGGAAAUGAGAAAAGAAUUGGUCCUUAAAAGUGGCAAGUUUUGUUGUGUUUACUUCAUCCCACCCCAACUAACUGCCCCUGGCUCUGGGAGGAUGGAAGAUGUUCAGUCCAGGGCAUGGUGCUAUGGUGUCUGAACAACGGGCAACAUCUAUUUAAGUGCUUGUUCCUGAGAACUGGGCACUGGCACCUAGUCUGCAUGGGGCAUUGAUUUCCUGAGAUUCUCAAUAUUAAUUGUGAUCAUAUAGUAAAGUUUCUUUAGUAAAAUGUUACCUGGAACUUUCAGAACAUGGUAAAAUUGAGGGAGGGAAAAUUUUUUCCUUUUUAUUACACGAUCAAAGGUGAGCUAGGAUUUUCAGAAAGGCAACAGCAGCUUAUAGUGAAUCCACGAAAAAAGUUCUUUCCUUUGUUUAGACUAUUUUGCUAAUGCAGACCUUUUUGUAAGCCAGACUAUCAAACGUUAUGUGCCUUUGUUUUGAUUUUGAUUUUACCAUGUUUUAUGAUGAGUCAUAUACUUCCACCCAUAUCUCGAUCAGUAAGAUACUAAAACCAAUCGCCACUUUGUAGCGCCUGUUUUCUUGCGUUUAGUGCCAGAUACAUUUACUUGAAUUAGGAAUUUUGUGGUUAAAUAAAGAAAGGUGAUUAAACCUUUGAAGCAAGAGGGAAUCUUUGAUGGAGUACCUAAAUUGGCUUAACUCAGCAAGUUUAUGUCAAGGAAGUUAAGAACACAAAGGACAAGACUAGCGUAGGGAAGAACUCAUGACUCUAACAGCAUGUGUUUGAAAUUUAACUCUCAUGGUGAGGAAGAUUCGACUUGUAGUUCAUGGCACAAACUCUAUUACAGUUGUGGAUGAAAUAUAAAGUAUGGAUGAAUUAGUGAGCAGUUAAGUAUUUUCAGCAAAGUUUUGGAAAGGGAGAAGCUCAAUUUUGAUUGCAAGGUUAGAGACUCUAAAAUCAAACUCUGACUGGACUUCUAUGUUGCAAUUGAAUGCAUCUGUUAUGAUUGGUCCUUGUGGUUUCUUUGGUUUUGGUGUUGCUUAAGGUUGGACCAAUACCGAUUCUAGAAGUUACUUUUGUACACAACAAGUAAUAAUAGGCUCAGUUCUGAUUUCUUCAUUGCUAUUUUCACUUUAUUUUCUACACUCCAAAGCUUUUCAAGUGUUUACACAUGUGUCCCAAAAGAUUAGAACAAUGAAGAUAGCAGCUGAUUUGAUGGAAGUUUCCAAAUACAACAAUACUCUAACCGUUUCUGCUGAAAUGGUUACAGCUCUUUACACAGGGUUGAAAGUUCAAUAUUGAAAUGGUUGUUCAGCCAAGACACCCAAUACAUUUUUUUACUCAAUAGGACACCUAAAGGACCCAACCAGCCUGACCAACUGCAAAUGUUUGGUCCCAAUAGAACACGACCUUGAUUGACACUGAGUAGUGGAACCUUUUUAACCUUGGUUUUGUAGAUCUCUCUCUCUCUUCAAUCAAUCCAAAAGAGGAAGUGGAGUGGGAGGAGACAUGCAGGCCCUUAUUCCAUUAAUUGAUUAAUUGUUCUGUGAGUUAUGUUAGAGUGUGCUUCCACCAAUCCAAUUACCUAGAAUAUAAUUUUGUAGAUUUUUUUUCUUUAGAUGUGCUGAAAGAAUUUUUAGACAAACCAAGGAACCUUCAUGAAGAUCAUUUAAGGGCUCUUGAGAAAGGUAAGGUAAUUUUUUCAUACUUUAGAUGUUUUUAAUUAUUAUUUCAUUUUCUUUUUUUCCCAGUCCCAAACUUUUGACAUAAAAUAAGUAACUUUGAAGGUAUAACUCUCCUAAUUAUUUUCUGCCAAUUUAGGGAAUACAUUCUGGAUAUUGCAUGUAUUUUGGAUUUGUAAAAUGGCACAAUAGACUGGAAAUACAGGAUUUGAGCUAUAUUGGAGAAGCUAAGCUUUAUUCCUUAAACAUGUAUGAAAUUGUUGAGGGAAGAAACUCAAAGGAUGGGAACUUUUUAAAUAAUUUUACAGUUUCCCACAUUUCUCUCACUAAAACGCUGACAGUUGGAGUCCAGAUGCACCUUUGACGAUAUUUGACAGUGAACUUGUAAUUUGAUGAUUUGAGGAAGAUGAUUACAUUGCUGAGACUCAAUUUAGCAACCGUUUGGUCUUAUCAUUUCCUAGGUUGAGGCCAUUUGAAAGUUCAAUUUUGUUUGAAAUAUCAUCUGAUUUCAAGAGAAACACUAAUUUCUUGUGUAUUUGGCUAGGUAACAAAAUGGCUCUUGCAUUCUCUCUACAUAGGAUCCAUUGCUUAUGUAAAGGUUGUAGCAAUGACGGGCAACGUGUACGGAGGAGGUCAACGGCGUCGCUGGGGUAAUAAUCCAGAACUGGUGAUCGUCCUGAACAAUCGCAUGAAGUAUCAAGCAGAAUUGAAAUAUGACAAGUAUCCAGGUAUGCAAUACAAAAUAGAACUGAAUGUCUACCGUGAUUUUACACCGCAACUCAUCUGCACUCAAAAGGACAUCAAGGAAGUUUAUCUCGAGGCUCGAGGUACUGAUGGAUGGUACGUAGCAUCGAUCGACACCUACAGCAUGGGAGCGAAUAAAAUAUACACUAAACUGACCACAGAUCCAGGCUUCAGUAUGUGGGUGGACAGCAAUGAAGAAUAUCGUUACCCAUACAAUGCCAAAAAGCACCUGCUUACCAAUGCUGUCGCAGGAUCAUGUAUCACAUAUAUACGUGUAGAUGCAAUGACGGGAGACAAGUGGGGAGCUAGUUUCUCUAACGAGUAUGGAAAGAAUCACUUGAUAGUUCUCUUUCUAUCAAAUAAUAAAAAAUGUCAGGCAGAACUUGAAGGACCUAUGAAACGAGACCAAUCUUAUGUGCAAGAGUUACACUUUAGAAGCCGGUUUAAAACUACACAGUGCGUGUCUCUACCUGACAUUAAGGAAAUUCACCUACAAACUCAAUAUGGAGGAGAUGACGGUUGGUACAUAGCAUCCAUUCGCACUUCUGCUAAGACUGGCGAUAAGCAGUACGAGAAUCUGACAAGUGAUCCACACCUCAACAAGUGGCUUGAUGCUAAUGAAGAGUCCAAGUAUCCUUACAAUGCGAAAGACAUCAAACUAACAUGGGUAGUUCAAGAAACCCUUAACUGUGAAUAUGGCAAUCCAACUUGUGAAUGCAGUUCAAAUGCAGAGGUUUGCAGAUUUAACCUUGAAAUUGAUGAAAUUCGAACCUUCACCAGCUAUCAAAAGUUAUCGGUGGAUGAACCAACAGGAAUUGCUAUGCGAGGAUCUCAGGGAGUGAUCUAUUAUUUCGGUGAUGAUGGGACUCCUAUGCCUCUGCAAACUAGUAGAACAUGUUCAACACAGGACAGCACCAAAUGCACUAAUCCCCAGUUUGUAGAUGGUAAAACGUAUCGUUUGGCGAUAGCCGUCAAUGGACAGAUUCCUGGACCUACCUUGAUAGUUAACGAAGGGCAAACUGUUGUAGUUCAUGUUCACAACAAUCUUACCACUGAGGGUAUUUCAAUUCACUGGCAUGGGAUGCACCAGAGAGGAACACCUUGGAUGGAUGGUGUUGGACAAGUGACCCAAUGUCAGAUAGGGCCUUCAUCAAGCUUUUCAUACAUGUACAUUGCUCGUCCUUCUGGGACGUUUUGGUACCAUUCUCACAGUGGUGCUCAGAGGACAGAUGGGUUCUUUGGUGCACUUAUAGUUAAAGAAAUACCCGAAAGAAUGGAGACAAUCAAAGCCGAACUCCAAGAGCAUGGUGCAUUUGAAGACCUUCCAGAAAAGCACACCUUAACGCUUCUAGACUGGCAACAUGAGUCAUCCCUGGACCUCUUCACACAGAUCCACGCUGGCUUGGGCUUUUAUCCAGACAAAUCGCUUGGCGAGGUGCCCACUCCAGAUGAUCAACGGUACGAAUCCACACGUAGUUUUGAAGAAGGAGAGGUUGGGCCUGUCCCGUAUUUUUCGGGAAUUAUAAAUGGGAAAGGUAGGCACGUUGAUGUUCCAUACGUCAAGACAAGACUGAGUAUAUUUACUGUUGAGGCUAAAAAGACAUAUCGCUUUCGGCUAAUUGGAGCCCAAGGGCUGUAUGCUUACCGCUUCUCCAUUGAUGGCCAUAAACUGACUGUGGUGGGCACUGACGGCUAUUGGAUUCGGCCCGUAGAAAACGUUGAUUACAUUAUCAUCCAUUCCGGAGAGAGGUAUGACUUUCUUCUUAGUACAAGAGAUACAUUUGGGCUGAAAGACUACUGGAUGCGACGGCUCUGA